CAUCGUCAACAACUGGAUUGGAAAUAUUUGUAUUUUCCUGAGCUAGCAUCGAAAAUAGACGAAGUAAAGCUUGGGGUUGGGGGCUUUUAUUCGUUUGUAUUAGUUUGAUAAACAACCCAGCCGUAGCUCGUGCCCUCUAUGCAAGCUAAAGGACCGACAGCCGCGGGGAAAGCGUCCUUUAGCCGUCUCCGGGAGCAGCUAACACCCAGUGAAAGCGCUAGCUGGCUGGCUGACAGCAACCUCGCUUCAGUCCAUCAAACGAUGGGACGUCUCUGACAGCGAGUGCUUUGGCCCUGUUGGUAGUCCCGUUGGAGACAGCAGAGCUACAAGGUGGGUCGUGGUUGACUGCAGUCAAACAGAGCUGGGUACUCCACAGUCAGCUCGUUCUGAUCCACCACAGCUGCCAAUAUGAUGCCGAUGAUAUUGACAGUGUACCUCAGUGACGGGGAACAAGCUGCGACUGAGGUACCCAUCACACCUGAGACAACAUGUCGGGAUGUCGUUGAGUUCUGCAAGGAGCCCGGUGAGAGCGGCUGCCAUCUGGCUGAGGUCUGGAGAGGCAACGAACGAGCCAUACCGUUUGAGCACAUGAUGUAUGAGCAUCUACAGAAGUGGGGGCCUCGGAAACAAGAAGUCAAGUUCUUCCUUCGCCAUGAAGAUUCACCAACUGAGGGCAGCGAUCAAGGGAGUCAGCAGUCUCAGGAUCAAACAAGUCGCAGAAGUGGAAGUACCGCAGAGAAGCACAAUGAGAAUGGGGUGGGGAAUCAGCGUGUGGAGCUCACGCUCUCAGAGUUGCAGGAGAUGGCCACCAGACAACAGCAGCAAAUUGAAGCUCAGCAGCAAAUGCUUGUUGCAAAGGAGCAACGUUUGCGUUACCUGAAGCAGCAGGAGCGCCGGCAGCAGAAUACUCUGUCAGAAAGCGAAAAGCUGCAGAGGCUCAAGGAUCAUGUGGAGAGCCAGGAGGCGAAGCUCAAGAAGAUCCGGGCAAUGAGAGGCCAGGUGGACUACAGCAAGGUCAUCAAUGGCAACCUGUCGGCAGAGAUCGAGCAAGUCAGCAGCCUUUUCCAAGAGAAGCAGGCCGAGUUGCAGUCUGCGGUGUUGAGGGUGGAGCAGCUUAGCCUGCAGCUGGAGGAUCUCCGGAGAGGAAAGCUCAACGGCAUACAGACCAGCCUGGGUGGCCAAGUAACCAAUGCAGCAGCUCUAGAGCUCCGUAAACUGUACCAAGAGCUUCAGAUCCGGAACAAACUGAACCAGGAACAAAACAGCAAACUGCAGCAGCAUAAGGAUCUUCUGAAUAAGCGUAACAUGGAAGUGACGCUCAUGGACAAGCGCAUCAGCGAGCUGCGGGAACGCCUCUACAAGAAAAAAGCUGAGGCACGUCAAAAAGAGAACCUUCCUCUCAACAGAGCCAACGGGCCACCUUCUCCCCAGCCAGCUCCUGGUACCCUGGGUCGCGUUGCUGCUGUCGGGCCGUAUAUUCAAGUUCCCGUACCAAGUCGACAGGAUGGGAGCUACACCUUACCACCUGAGCCUCUGAAGCCUCAGUCAGUAGUUGUAAAUAACCAAGCCAACCAGGGCCGGCCCAAAUCAGACGGUGUGCGAAAGCCUCCCGGUCCUUGGAAAGUGUCUGAUUUAGACAUCGUUGUGGACCCGGUACCCCAGCCCCUUCCAGAAUCCCACCCAGGCCCUGGAGCCUCCACUGGCUCUGACGGCACGUCCCCUAAUGACACUGGUUGGCCUAUUGCAAGCAAGACCGGCACAACUCUAAAGCCUCCUGAGAGAAGAGACUCAGGGAGCGAUACGCAGGGAAAGAGCCCUCCCUCUCCUGUUGCUCCAGGUGCAGAAAAGGUGUUAGACUCCAAAGCUGGUUCCUCCCCUGCUAUAACAAAGCCCCAACCACCACCGUAUGGAUCCCAUCUUACCUCCGCAAACACAGCCUGCUCCUUGGAUCGCCGCAAGGAUGUCCCUCCGCCUCGGCCACUCCCGAACCCCCCAGCUCCGGCGUGGCCCCGCGUCCCCCCUUCUCAGGGCUCGUCCUCCCAGCAGAUUCAGCAGCGGAUCUCAGUGCCACCAAGCCCCACCUUUCAGCCCAGCACACCGCUUUUCCCCCCGGCAUUGAGCGAGCGUCUGGAUCCUCCGCCGGCUGUAGCAGUGCGUCCCUUCAUCCCCGACAGAGGAUCGCGGCCUCAGUCUCCUCGUAAGGGCCCACCUACCAUGAACUCCAGUUCGAUUUAUCACAUGUACCUCCAGCAGGGCGUGCCAAAGAGCCAGCCACUCAAGCCUACUCUCAAAGCAGUAUAUGGGAAGCCUGUUCUCCCCCCCAGCUCGACACCUCCCUCACCCCUGCCUUUCAUACAGGCGGGAGGGGCCUUUCCAUUAUUCCAAGGCCACGCUGGCAUUGAGGAUGCUUUAGACGGAGAGUUGGAAGAUCACGAAAACUUCCCGCCCCUGGAGCCAUUGGCACCUCCUCCUAGUGUGGAGAACAUCCCUCGGCCCCUCAGCCCAACAAAGCUGACACCUAUGGUACAUUCCCCACUGCGCUACCAAAGCGACGCAGACCUCGAGGUGCUACGUAAAAAGCUGGCCAAUGCCCCGAGACCACUGAAGAAGCGCAGCUCCAUCACAGAGCCAGAGGGCCCCACCGGGCCCAACAUCCAGAAACUGCUGUACCAGAGGUUCAACACGUUAGCAGGAGGCAUAGAGGGGAAUGGUAUUAGUGGGUCAGGAGGAGGUAAUGGCGCAGGUAAUGGGACGCCGUUUUAUCAGCCAGCCAAUCCUCCUGGAUAUCUAGAAAGUGACUCUCUAGCCGACACGGACAAUGGCAACCUCCUCUCCGAGACUCCGCUGGCGCCACAACAAGGGGAAGAAGAAGCAGGUUCUGAGGCUCCACCUCCCAACACUGAUGCAAACGACAACGAGCCAGCGCCCUCGUCAGCUGAAGGACCGGUGGAUCCUGCUGCAGCAGAGAGACCGGAGGAUAACAACAACAAUAACGUGGGAGGCCCUGAAGCCUCUUUACCGAGCCCCGUACUGGAGGUCAGCACUCCAGAGGAGAGCGGCACGGCAGUAUCACAACCACUGGUGAAAAAUGAAAAGCGCACAAACCUUAAGAAGCCCAGCUCUGAGCGCACUGGUCAUGGCUUUAGAGUAAAGUUUAACCCUUUGGCCUUGCUUCUUGAUGCCUCUUUAGAGGGAGAGUUUGAUCUGGUCCAGAGAAUCAUCUAUGAGGUGGAGAAUCCCAGCACUCCCAAUGAUGAGGGCAUCACCCCGCUACACAACGCAGUGUGUGCGGGACACCACCACAUAGUGAAGUUCUUGCUGGAUUUUGGCGUGAACGUAAACGCUGCAGACAGUGACGGGUGGACUCCUCUUCACUGUGCCGCCUCCUGCAACAGUGUUUAUCUGUGCAAGUUGUUGGUGGAGUCAGGAGCCGCUAUCUUUGCCACAACCAUCAGUGACGUGGAGACUGCAGCAGAUAAAUGUGAGGAAAAGGAGGAGGGCUACAUCCAAUGUUCUCAGUUCCUAUAUGGUGUUCAAGAGAAGUUGGGCGUAAUGAGCAACAGGACGGUGUACGCUCUGUGGGACUACGACCCUCAGAAUCCCGAUGAGAUGCUGUUCAAGGAAGGAGAUGCCAUCACCAUUCUGCGACGACAGGAUGACAGUGAAACAGACUGGUGGUGGGCGAGGCUUGAGGACAAUGAGGGCUACGUGCCCCGCAACCUGCUGGGGCUCUAUCCUAGAAUCAAACCUCGUCAGCGCUCCCUGGCGUAGUGUCUCACUCCGCUGAUGCGUGGCUAACAGCUGGACUAGUAACACAACCAAGAGCAGAGAACAACAAAGGGGCCUGGAGCUCCGUCUUCUCCCUGUGGCCAUAACCUUUCCCAGCCUUGUGCUUUCAAAAAAUGUCUCCACUCUAAAGCAGAGGGCACUAAACUUUUUGACACGUACAUCUACACACAGAAAGAUAAACAUAAGCACUCCAAGGUCUCUUGAAAGACUCCCCCUUUCCUGCCCCAGUCCGACGCCCCCCACUUUUCCACAGAUCGCUCUGUCAUUGUCCUGACAGACGUCUGAAAGAAUCAGACACCCUUGUGUCAGUAUUUCUUGCAGUAUUCACACUUCUUCAGCCAUCUCCAGCUCCUUAAUGAGGUCUAUGCCGGCACUAGUUUACAUGGUUCUGUAUGGUAACUGGAAGUUCAUCUUUUUGGGUGAGAAGUUGCUGAUUUUUGUCAGUGAAACGUAAUUUGAGUUAUCGGAUGUGAAGUUUGUUUUUUUUUUGGAGGCCAACUUGGUCCCCUUGAGAAAAUCUAUUGCAGGAAAACUGACUGUAGCCUAACCACCAAAGAUGAAUAUAAAUUUAACAGUUUUAAUUCUAAUACUCCCCAAGAGCUUGCAGAAAUGUUGGGGAGUGAGAUAAUCAGAUGAAUUGCUGCUAUCAGAAAUGACUAAUGAGUCCCUCUGUAUGUGCAAAAGCAGCAGUAAAAAAGGAAAUUUGAAAUGAAAAAUGAUUAGUUUUACCCAUACAGGUUAAUCUAAAUAAUUCCUGUUGAUGAAAAAGUGAUUAUAAAUUGACAGCCUUCAAUGUUGUUAUGAAUUGUAUUUUUAACAAUUUUCAUUUAAUGUAAUCUGUUCAGAAUCUAGUUGCAGGAAAUUUUGUGGAUGUGUGGCAAGAACUUUAAUAAAUUAUCAGUGAGCCUUUUGAACAAUUAUUUCUCUGUAAUAUGCAAUUUCAGCGCAAAAACAAUGUUUUAAAAAAAGAGCAGUCCGCAUAUACAAACGUUAUAAUUUUGUUCAUGUCAUAAUCCCAGAACAGGUCAUGUGCUGCAGCUUCCAAAAGAAAGUUGUGAAUGAGUACCAAUGUUUGAUUUUGCUUUACCAGAAAAUGCUGUGUGUGCAACAGCUGUAGAGUGUGUGUCAACAUUUAAAAUCUAACUUCACAGGGAAGUAAAUGCAGAUCUUUGGUAAUACUAUUAUAUUAUUCGGUCAAUUUUGCCAUUUUGAUUAAGAAAAAUUCACAAUGUUUGUGUGAAAAAAUGUAUCCAUAUGAUGCAGAAAUACAAAAUAUUGGAGCCAUAUGGGAAUUCUGAUGAGGUGGGAAUGGAUGUCAGAUUUAAAGAUUUCCUGUAGGGCAGUGUCCUCGAGAUGCACUGUUCUACAGGUUUUAGAUGUUUCAUUGCUCCAACACACC